UGUGCUCUGACAAUAAAACACAGUUUCACAAAGAGCAGUUAUGGAGGCUGUGCUCGAACAGAGUUCUGAAAAGAAUGACAAUUCCACCAUGGACAUUGAUGGUAAACUGAUUGAUGGUCUCGCUAUUGAGUACUUAGUGUUACUCACUCCCAGUGUGAUUGGGAGUUUUUCUGUCCUGGUGUUUUCCAUAUUGAGAUGGAGGCAUCUAAGAGAACAGGUGCACCUGCUGGUGCAGCUCGCCCUGGCAGACCUCCUGGCUGCUCUGAUCCUGAUGUCAACCAGUGUCAUGAAUUUAGUGGGAUCUGAGAACAUUGUACUCAUCUGCCAAUACAGCCUUCCACUGUCACUGACAUUUUAUUUUAUUUCAUUCCUGCUGGUUGUGGUUUACGCAUGGAAGUCAAAGAACGCAAUCCAAGGGUGGAGAGCAAGAGACACAGAGGGUGAAGGUGGACAGAAUCUGUGUAAAAGGAAAAUAGUGGCUAUACCUGUGUAUUGGUUUGUGUGGUUAAUCCCUAUUGCACUAUACUUUGCAUAUGUGUUCACUCUCUUCAUACGAAAGACCAAUGAGAGUACUAUCGCUAAUGACGGAUCAUCAGCUGUCCAAAAUAAGAGCAAAUACUGUAACAGUUGUAUUUUGUUCCUGCAUGUCUGGAAGGAUCCAUGCCCUGAGGAUGAGAAAUAUCAUGACUUAUUCAUCAAGAUUUUUCUUUUCUCCGCUGUGAUACCAGUGAUGUUGUCCUGCUCUGCCAUUUACUAUAAGGCUUGUAAAUGGUAUGACAGACAUGAGCAGGGAAUGAUGUUUCCUCCUGAGGGAGAUGGACGUUCAAGAAGAAGAUCCAGAAGAAUGUUUUCUACAGCAAAAAAUAUGGUGAUGGUCAUCUUUUUCUGCUGGACACCAGCUCUUAUCCUCAUUCUGCUGUCUACUCUGUCGAUUUGGACAAAUAUUGAACAACGCAAGCUUUUUGCCCUUUAUGUGAUACAGGCUGCCACUGUGUCCCUGCAAGGCUUCCUGAACAGUAUGGUUUACGGGUGGGGACGGCUCAACUUCAGGGAGGCCGUUCUUGGGGAGAAUACACCCCUGUUGGCACACGACCGCCUGGCCUUCUUUGAGGAAUCAUUGCGGAGCACACUCUGAUUGGUGACUCACUGAGAGACAUUGUUGUACUGCAGAAACAACACACUGGCUUGAGGAAGGCUGAACCCAUGCCUGCACACUUCAUGACUUCAUGUCACUCUUGACUGAUUUGUGGGCUGAAGAUGAAGAGAAGCCACAAGACAAGAAAAAAGAAAAAAUGACUUUUAAAAAAUUGUUUUU